UAGUCCAACCAACCAACCUAGAGAAGCUUGAUCUCGCACACACAUGGAGGCUACAUCUAAAUUAACUAGUGAGCCCCUUUGCUUCAAUUCCUGGCCUAAUUAAAUAUCCUCAUCCUCGUCAUCGGUGACCUCUGCAUAGUCCUGUGCGUAGCCCUUGGUUACAUGCUGCUUGAUGAGGGCCAGAUCGUACUCCAAUUUCUUGUCACAGAUAGCCUUUUCUUUGGCAUAGUAUUCGCGGAGAACGCUUGGGCAGCGUCUCCUCACGGAAGCCAUACCAGGGCAUGUAGGGAUUUACAAUCAUGUAAUCGACGAGCCCCUGCGGUGACCACCUUCUUCUUAUUCAGCUUCCCAAGGGCCUCGGCCGGCUGGCACACCUCCGCCGCCGUGAGAUCCUUUCCGGCUGGGCCUCCUUCCCCGCCAUGCGGUCCUUGCUCCGGCGAUCCAUGAGAAAGGUCAACUCCUUCUUCAGCUCCAGGAUCCCUCCUCCGACGCCUUCCUCUUCAGGAGGACCGAUGCAAGAAGAAGAAAAGCGGCGGCUAUUGGCUUGGACCGAAGAAGAGGCCGAAUCGGAUCGAGAGUGGUGUACUUGAUCUCCAUGCAGAGCUCACAACCACAGACCAAACAAAAUGCAAGUGCGUGUGCAUGCAUGCAGUGUCCCAUUCCCACUGCAGACAAAAAUAGCAGCAGCUCCUUUCCUCCCAUGGCCAUGGAUCACUCCUCACCCCACGCCCACGCGCUUCAAUUCAUUCUCUCCUUCCCCGGCGCAUCGAUCCCAUAACCGGUAGUCAUCGCCGGCUAGGAAGACGAUGGCGUCGGCGGCGGUGAGCGACCCGCUGGCGGAUCUUUGGAAGCACAUCAUGUCGGCGGACCGGUCGGACCUGCUGUGCUUCUACCCGAGCAAGAUCACGAUGAACGGCAUCUGGACGGGGGACAGCCCCAUGGACUUCUCCCUCCCGCUGCUCCUCUUCCAGAUCAUCCUCAUCACCUCCACCACCCGCGCCGUCGCGCUCCUCCUCUCCCCGCUCCGCCUCCCGCGCUACAUCGCCGAGAUCCUCGCCGGCUUCCUCCUCGGGCCCUCCGUGCUCGGCCGCCUCCCCCACUUCUCCGACAUCGCCUUCCCCGUCCGCAGCCUCUUCAUCCUCGAGUCCAUGUCCCUCCUCGGCCUCAUCUACUACACCUUCACCAUCGGCGUCGAGAUCGAGCUCCACACCGUGCUCCGCGCCGGCCUCCGCAGCUUCUGGUUCGCCGCCGCCUCCGCGCUCCCGCCCUUCCUCGUCGGCGCCGCCGCCGGCUACGUCGCCGUCAGCACCGACGACUCCAGGAGGACGGGCGCCCAGUUCAUCAACAGCCUCUCGUUCCCCGUCUUCCUCGGCGCCACCUUCUGCUCCACCGCCUUCUCCGUGCUGGCGCGCAACAUCGCCCAGCUCAAGCUCGCCGGCACCGACGUCGGCCAGCUCUCCAUCUCCGCCUCCCUCAUCAACGACACCUUCGCGUGGGCCGGGCUCACCGUCGCCACCGCGCUCGCGCACGUGCGCUACGGCAUGGUCCCGUGCCUCUGGACGCUCGUGUCGGGCUUCCUCAUCGUUGGCACCAGCUACCUCGUCGUCCGCCCGAUGCUCCUGCGCCUGACGCGCCGCGUCGCCGAGGGGGAGGUGGUCACCGAGCUGCAGGAGUGCUCGGUGCUCGUCGGCGUCAUGGUCGCCGCGCUCGUAGCCGACGCCGGGGGCACGCACGCCAUCUUCGGCGCCUUCGUGUUUGGCCUCGCCGUGCCCAACGGGCCGGUCGGCGUGGCCAUCGUGGAGAAGGUGGAGGACUUCGUGGUGGGCACGCUGCUGCCGCUCUUCUUCGCCAUGAGCGGCCUCCGCACGGACACCGCCAAGAUCACCAGCACACCAGCGGCGGUGCUGCUGAUGGCAGCGGCGCUGGCCGCGGCGAUCCUCAAGGUUGUAUCCGCGGUGAGCGUGGCCGGCGUGUUCGGCAUGCCGCUGCACGACGGCAUUUCCAUCGGGCUGCUGCUCAACACCAAGGGAGUCAUCGAGCUCGUCAUCCUCAACAUCGGGAAGAACAAGAAGAUCAUGAGCGACCAGUCGUUCACGGUGCUGGUGUUCAUGUCGGCGCUGAUCACGGCGCUGGUGACGCCGCUGCUGGCCAUGGUUGUGAAGCCGGCCCGGAGGCUCGUGUUCUACAAGCGGCGCACCAUCGCGUGGCCCCAGCCCGACGCCGAGUUCCACGUGCUGGCGUGCGUCCACAUGCCGCGCGACGUGCCGGCGCUCCUGACUCUCUUGGACGUGGCGUCGCCCUCGGAGCGGUCGCCGGUGGCGGUGCAGGCGCUGCACCUGAUCGAGUUCGCCGGGCGGUCGUCGGCACUGCUCCUGAUCAACGCGUCAGCGCCGUCAUCGUCGUUCGAGCACUCGGCGCACGGGCGCAGCCAGGUGGAGCUGCAGUUCAAGCACAUCUCCCACGCCUUCAUGGCGUACGAGGAGAACGCGGCGGGCGUGACGGCGCGCACGGUGGCGGCGGUGUCGCCGUACGUGAGCAUGCACGACGACGUGACGUCCGCCGCGGAGGACCGGCACGCGGCGCUGAUCGUGCUGCCGUUCCACAAGCACCGGUCGGUGGACGGCGGGCUGGAGGUGUUCAACCCGGCGAUCCAGCCGCUGAACCAGAGCAUCCAGCGGUUCUCGCCGUGCACGGUGGGGGUGCUCGUGGACCGCGGCCUCGGCGGCGUGGCGGGGGCCGGGUGCACGACCCGCGUGGCGGCGCUCUUCUUCGGCGGGCGCGACGACCGCGAGGUGGUGGCGCUGGCGACGCGCAUGGUGCACAACCCGGCCAUCGACCUCACCGUGCUCCGCUUCGUCCAGAAGGGAGGAAGCUUCGCGGGGAGCGAGUUCGACGCGCUCAAGGAGCGCAAGGCCGACGAUGCGUGCCUGCGGGAGUUCCUGGACAGGGCCAACGGCAUGAGCGCCGGCGGCGGCGGCGGCGCGGGGGUGGAGUACCGGGAGCGGGGGGUGUUCAACGCGAGCGAGAUGGUGGCGCAGGUGAGGGAGGUGGAGGCGCUGGGGAAGGACCUGUUCGUGGUGGGGAAGACGCCGGGGCUGCCGGGGUUGACGGCGGGGAUGGCGGAGUGGAGCGAGUGCCCGGAGCUGGGGCCCAUCGGGGACCUGCUGGCGUCGAGGGACUUCCAGACCAUGGCGUCCGUGCUGGUGCUGCAGUCCUACGCCAGGCCGGGGGCCAUGAUCUCGGCGGAGCUGGGCCUGGGCGCCGAUGGCCUGCCGGCGGCGGGAAGGCCGCCACGGCCAGAUCAGGUCCGCAGGAAUAGCAUCGGGAAUCGGAACUAGAGAUGGGUUAGGAUACGUCGUUGGGGUCAGUGUGCAUGCGCACGAUCAAUGGCAUCUACUGUAGCAAAUAGCAACUACUCGUAGUAGCUACAGCAUGUUUGAACAGCAGUUGGCAAGGAAGCUGGACAUUUCACCUGUUCGUUGCAUGCAUGCCAAUUUCAGUUUGUACAGAAUUAAUAAGUCAUUACAUAGCUAUUAGAUGUUGUUGUUAUGGGAGA